GUUCUUCCGUGAUUGUAAUUGAGCUGAGUUGAGCUGAGGUUGUUCUCUCUCAAGUUCUUCGAGUUCAUGGAGAUGGAAGCUGAAUACAAACAAAGCCCAACUGAGAUUGUCAGCUACCCUGUAAUUGAAGUUGGAAAGACGAUCAAGAAACGAAAAUUGCAGGCUGAGCAAUUGGGCUUGCCUACACCCAAGCAUAAAUGCUGGGACCUCAACUUUCCUUCAGAUGGACCUGUCUCCAUGUUUGAUGAAAUUCCUGUCCAAGUACAGAACAUGGAGAGACACAUAGUCAAUGGAGGAAUAGAGGGAGGAGUCCUCAAUGACGGGUCUGGACUUGGAUCAGGAAAAGGUAGCAAUAGUUUUGCUGGAGAUUAUUGUGAUUCUGCAAUAUCGGUUUAUAGAGAAGUUGAACCAAACCCUGCAUAUGCAAAGAGCGUAUGUGAUAGGCCGUCCACUUCAUCUGUGAAUUGCAAUGUCAAUAUUUUUAAAGACACCGACAGCAGUUUGGACAAUGUGUCAGCUAUGGAAGCAAAUUAUGGCGAAGCGGAACUAGAAUUUGUGAAUAUGGAAGUGCAUCAACCUAUUCAGAACCUCGAAGAGCAGCUCCAAGAAUAUGGAGGCGAGGCAAAUUACAUCUGCUCCGAAUAUGGAGAGCACUUCAUUGAGGAGUGUACAGAUAAGGAAGUUGAAGAUAUUAUCUACUCCAAUUCUUUAAACCCUCAUGCAUAUAUACUUUCAUCGGGAAGGUGGAGUGUAAAUCAAGAGGCUCAAUCAGGCAGCAGCAGGAAGCCAACCAUCGAUCAAGAAUUCGAGCAGUACUUUUCAUCGCUUAUGCUGUAGUGCUCAUUCCUGGGAUGUGAGCAGAAAUUUUGUACAGUUUUUAUUAUAGAUAUAUCUCUGUUGUAACUUGUACUUGAAUAAUGUAACCAAUCAAUAUGUUCAGU